UACCUAGAAAAGCUGUAAUGGAUGGAGGAUACGCUUCUGAAAAGUACCUCUUACUUUAUUAUCCGACAAUUAGACGAGAAAUGACCAUUUCUAUACCCUUUCACCCGACUCAAAACAUUUGUUUUGGCGCUACAAGCUCCUACUGUGGCAGUCUGAAAACGAACAUUCCGCGGUUUUCCACGUGAGCCAAUGACGUCACGUUUUUUAAACUAUUGGCGCAAGCGCAGUAGUUAGGCGUAGCUCCUGCCAUCUAUCGAAUAUCAGGUAAGUUACAAAUUGAAAACAGAACAUAACAGCAGUUAGAAUUCACGAAACUGGAAGGUAAUAAUGUCUGUCUGGAGACAGUGAAGUGUGAUAGAAGUCAAAAUGUUUGUUGUUAUGACGGUUUUAUGAAUUUAAUGCUUCAAGUGAUUAAAUCGAUAGCUUAAUUUGUGCUUUAAGAAACUAUUUCUUCAAGAUUAAAAGACGCAUGGGAGCUAUAAUUCCCCGUUGCAGUUACCCAAGAUGUAGUCAAGAACCCUGAGUCUUGCUGAUAAUUCACCCAUGCAGCUAUCCCAGUGGAAAUGGCUACAAGUCCACCAAUGCCCGAGUUUCGAGGAGCUGACCAUUAUCGGGGGCCCUCGUCUAUCGAAGCUGGGCAUGAAAUAGUCAGGCCAAAGCCAAGGAGGCCAAGUGGAGCAGGUGGAGGAAGUCGAGAACUUGUGCCAUACAACAACAAAACUCCGUCAUCUCCAUCAGCAACUCCCGAAACUAGUGUGCCCCAUCCAGUAGCACCUGCCAGGGUAAGUGGAGGUAGUAGUCAAGCUGUUGGACAAAGCCCUUCGUCAUGCAAAGAAUCUCCACGGAGUGAAGACAGCGAUGCAAGGUCUGGUGCUGUAUCAACUCUCCCACAUUAUCAUAUCAAUGUCAAUGAACUUCGAAUUUUGCAGAGGCGAGCAGAAUCUAACGGAAGUUCAUCAGACGAUAACAGAACUUCAGGCCAUGCAUCAAUGUCGGAUGGGCACAUCAGCUCUUCUCCUACUGCAGAUAGGCAUCAGCAUUAUAGACCACCACUCAAUUCUGUACCAGAAGAUGAAAGACUGUCAGCUAAUGUAAUGUCUGGACAAAGCAGAUCAACCAGAAAGAAUGUGCAGAAUAGAAGCCGGCAUAGAGCCACUCCAGCCAAGUUGGUUCCAUGUGGCUCGGGUAUAGAAGACAUUAAGUUAGCUAUUCAACAGCUGACCAUGAGAUCUCACACAUCAAAUUCUACUUCAACUUAUUCAAGCCUGAGUGGGAGUGAGGGAAGUGAACCUGUAGUUAGGAGGCUGAUCAGGCAUUCUUCUCUUGAGACUAUCAACACUAAUGUCACAUCUGCUGAUGAAUUUGUUUGGGUUGAUAGCCAUAAUAGGUUAGUUGAGCUUCAGCAACUACCAUGGUCGAACCAUGAUGUUCUGAAAGUUUUGCAAAGCGGUAGAGUGCGGUGUAGUAUGGAAUGGGUUGCAAUGGAAACAGUUCCAAGGCUCUCAUAUCUGCUUCAGAGAGCUCUUGUUAGAAUUGGUCGUGAAGCACAGAGGUUGUCCAAACCACUUGCAAUGUGUGGAAAGCAUGAGAUAGCUUCUGCUUUGAGAAUCAUUUUAAGUCCUGUUUUAGCAGAUUCGUGUAUAAAGGCAUGUUUGAGGUCAGGAGCGAUGUUUGCUGUAUCUGGUGAUCAGCUGAAACAAAGUAAAUCUCAAAGAGCAGGUCUUCACCUUUCUGUAGGCAGAUUUCAUCGAUGGAUGGUAGAUGUUCGAUUGGGAAAAUUUGUUCAUGAAUACGCUGCUGUCUAUCUUGCUGCUGGAUUAGAAAAUCUACUUGAAGAAAUUAUUCUUCAGUGCCUACCUUCAAAACCUGAAACUGUCCUUACUGCUUCAAUGUUUGAGCAUGCAAUUGCUAAUAACAGUGAUUUAUGGGGUCUUCUCCAACCAUAUGCACAUCUUAACACUGGGAGAACAGCAUCAGGUACCCUUGCUCUUCCUCGAUGGGCGUCAGUGAGUUCUGUUUCUACAGAUACUACAUGCAGUUCUUCUAAAAGAGAUCAUAGCCUUCUUACAACGUGUGUUGCAUCUGUAUCUGAAUUAGCUGAUCUUUUGAGGGCUUCUUCAACUGUACUUGGAGCCAGGCCACAUUUUUCCUAUCAAGCAAUCCAAGCACUUUUUUAUUUCAUGCGCUGUUCACAGCUGGAGCAUUGUGGAUCUGUACAAGAGUUAGUUUAUGAAAGAGCAUAUGUAGUCCUACCACCACUUUUGGAAUGGGUGAGGGUAGCUUCUGCGCACGCUCAAUAUCGUCAUUCAGUUAUUAUUGAUCAGGACGAUAUCAUGCAAGCUGCUCGACUUUUACUUCCUGGUGUUGAUGCACCAAUUAGACAACCAGGAUGUGAUGAAAGCCUUUCUCGGAGAUCCGGAGAUGAAGCUGAGGCUGUUAAAAGGCUUAAGAUUGCUUUAGCCUUUCGAAUGCUGGGCUCUGGGGUGAGGGAAAUGGUUCCUCAUGCACUACAGCUUCUUCCUAGUACAAAGUUGAAUACAGUCUGUGACAGUGGUCUUAGUCCUUUGAUGUUGGCUUGUGUUAAUAAUGAUGACAAUAUGGUGCGUAUCCUGUUGGAAUUCGGAUGUGAUCCUGACCUAGAAACCCCACCUCAAGGGUCACAGGGUUGUCCUACAGUUCAGGCUGAAAAUCAACAUUGGACUGCUCUUACGUAUGCUGCUCUUCAGGGUAAUAUUGCAAUUGCUAAGCUUUUAUUAGAAAGGGGAGCACAUGUUGAAGGAGGGGCUAGAUUAAGCGAAGAGAAGUCUACCAUGACACCUCUUCAGGUUGCUGCUGCAUCUGGAAAUUUGGAAAUGGUAUCUCUGCUGUUAUCCCAUGGUGCACAUCCUUUUUUCUCUACAGUAUACAAAGAUUCCCUGUCAUAUUCUGGUGCUGCUCAAAGAGGAUGUUAUAGCGCAUUUGCUGUUGCUGCUGCCCAUGGACAAAGGGCAGUACUUCACAAGUUAUUAUCUCACCCCCUUAACUCAAACACUAAAGAGGUUUUGUCUUUAGAAGAGAUUCUAGCAGAAGGAAACAACCAACUGACUGCUGAAAGAAGGCCAGGUGGUCGCCAGCCUGGGGAAUCCAAUUCUUCUCAACUUCUGAAAUUAAGCAAAGCCCAAAUUAAAUGCUUGCAGGAAGCUAUGUACCACAGCACUGAAAAUAAUCAUUUAGAAAUUACACUUGACCUCAGAAAUCUUGGUGUCAGUUGGAGCCUUCAUUGUUGGAUGUCAACUUUAGCAACCGCGCAUGGUCAUAUUGAAAGUAUGAUUGACCAGUUACUUCAAGAUUUCUUACAUGUUUGGCCUGAUGAUUGUUCAGCACAAUUUGUUGAUGAAUGUUUGCCUCUAUUAUUUAAUAUUUUUCGAUAUAGCAAGAAUGAAGGAACAACUUUGCUCUUGGCUGACAUCUUCUCUACUUGUUAUGGUUGGGAACCAAUCAGACCUAUUAGGGACUCAACUUUGAAUGGAGGUGCCAGGAUUGAUCCUAAAUUUGUUAACAAUCCAGAACUUUCUGACGUUCAGUUUCGAGUUGAAGGAAGAGUAUUUUAUGCACAUAAGAUUGUUUUGGUCACAUCUUCACCAAGAUUUAGGGGCAUGCUUAGUUCGAAAUUGUGUGAGGGUAAUCCACCAAUAGUCCAGAUAAACGAUAUCAGAUAUCACAUUUUUCAGCUUGUCAUGCAGUUUUUAUAUAAUGGAGGAUGUGAUGGCCUUGAAGUUGAUCAAAAUGAUGUUUUGGAGCUAAUGGCAGCUGCUAACUUUUUUCAGUUAGAUGGGCUAUUGAGAUUUUGUGAAGCACAGUGUUCAAACAUGGUCGACCUUGAUAAUAUAGUUUCAAUGUAUAUCCAUGCCAAGGUUUAUAAUGCUUGUCAGUUGUUGGAGUAUUGUCAGGGAUUCUUGCUUCAGAACAUGGUUGCUCUAUUGACGUAUGAUGAUUCUGUCAAAAGACUGCUUUUUGGAAAGAAACUUCAUAAUCAUGAUGUUCUUGCCGGACUCCUUCUUACACUUCAGUCUCGUAUCAAAGCCAGGAAUAAUGUGUUGAGACCAGGUCCAAAACCUAAAUCAUAAUUUUUUCUUUUUAAUAUUAAUGAAUUUAAAAGAAACAUGACUAUGUUGGUUACUGGCUACUUAAGUGCAUACAAUUUGUGUGUGUUAUAAAUUGUUUAUUGAGUUAAUGAGGUGCUAAUAAAAAGUACUAUAUGUGUUGAGCGUUCUUACCAUUUUAAUGUUAAAUGGCCCUAUUACAUUUUUAAAAUUGUAAUUUUCAAUACUCCUUCCAUUAUUAAUGCACAAAUCUCUUUUCAACUGAAUCUAUUAAAAAUUAUAAUUUUAAAAAUAAAUAAGGAAAUGAAAUAAAAUAAGUGAAAAGAAAUAUUACACUAACUGAACCGUUCGUUGUGUUAAAAUUCCUUUUUCAAAUAUAGCAUAACUCUCUAAGCCUUGUGUGAAUUUUAAUUUAGAUAUUAGACUAUUAUAGUAUUGGUGUUUACUGUUUUACAUCAUAUGAAACUUAUAAAAUGCAAUUUGUUUUUUUUCAUUUGUAAUUGAUGAAAGUGCUCAUUCACAGUAUUAAAUCAUUAUUGGUUUCUAAAAAAAAGAAUUUAUAUAUCAUUGAAGAUAUUAUAAAUAAUUAUAUUAACAUCAUAAAAUGUUACAUCUGUUGUUUGUUUAAGUUAUCAAUAAUGUUUAAACUAUUGAAUUAUAUACUUAAAUACCUUAAAUACUCAAAAUAGGGCUGUGAUCGGAUUUGUGUUAUAUAGCUUGUAGCUAAAUCUAUUGUAUAUAUAUUAAAAAGAAAAAUGUGUGGCAUCUGUGUUUUAUUUUGUUUUAUUUGUCUACAAUUUUUUUUUUUUCAUUUAUACAAUUUUCUUCAUGCGUAAGAUCUUAUGAACUCAUUAAAAUAACUAAGUAUAUUAGUCAUAAGCUUCACUUGAGAAUUUCUAUACUAUAGAUACUUUAGAUACCUUUUAUCUUUUGUCCCAUUGAAAAAAAAAUAUAUCUCAUAUUAUAUAUCUCUCAUAUCUCAAAAACCUUAAAUAGUUAAAGCGAAACAGACAGGUUUUAUUUCUUUAGUGAUUUUCUGUUAUUUGAAAAUAAAAUAUGCCCUUCUUUCUUAGAAAUAAAGUUGGAUGGAUGGCAAAUAUUAUUUAUUGAAGGGAUUUAGUCGAUUGUUCUACAUAUUAUGGAUGAUAAAUAGUCAGGACGCAGCCAUUUUUAAGGUUUUUUAUUGGUGCUGAUGUUUCAAUCCAAGCAUGGGGAGUCAUCAUCAGGGCGUGUUUUCAGCACUAUGUAAAGUAUUUGAACAUCUGCAGUGCUUGGAAAACGCCCUGAUGAUGAGCCACAAGCUUGGGUUGAAACGUUGGCACCAAUAAAAAAAACCUUAAAAAUGACUGCAUGUUUACUUUAUUAUCCACAAAUAUUAUUUAGCAGAAAAGCCUAAAAAUAAAAAACUAUACAUCAUUUAGAAAGAUUCCAUUAUCAAUUUCUUUAUGAAUUUGACAAAAAUGUCUGAAUUUUUUCAGUUUUCUGUUCUCCAACAAAUAAAAUUGUUAUCUUUCUAGAGCUUGUUCACAUUCAGAUUUUUUUUUUUUGCCUUUUAAUUGCCUGGUAUUUAUAAAAAAAAAUUAAAUAAACUUUUAAUAAAACUUUUUUUUAUUCCUGGGCAAUAAUAGUUUUAUGUAUAUACUUAGUGAUUAACUUAAUUUCUUAAUUGUUCAUUAUUUUCUGUUUUUAAGGACAUGCCAGUCUUUUCCUCUUCAAUUUUGCUAUCUGACAAGAUUCAGUGUGAUUUUUGAUGGAUGAAUCAUUGUUUAUAAACAUUGAUUUGUUUUUCCACUGUCUUUAGAACAUGGACUAAUCUGAGAACAGUAAUAUAAUUAUGAAUAGUAUCGAGAAAUAAAACUUGAAAAGAUUGAUUACUAGGAAAAGACGGUCAGAAAUUAUUAAAAAAAAAAAAAAUGAAGGAAAUACUAAUUGGAAGGUAUAUUGUAUUAAAUCAAAUGAUGAAACUUUUUAUUGAUAGUGAAGGACCCUAUAAGUAAGAAUAACUUAGAGAACAGAUUUUUUUAAAGUCAAAUACCAAGGGUUUUUUUUCUAUUGACCAGUAGUUUUUAUACAUUACUAAAUAUGAAUUAUUGAAAUAGGAAUUACAAGGAUUUCACUAUAUUUAAAGUUGUCAAUAUUUUUUAGUUUAAAUUGCAGAUAAUAUCAUUAUAUUAGGAUUUUUUUUUCUAAGUUUUUAAUUGAGUUGAUAAGUAUUUUUCUAACUAAAAUUAUUAAAAAAAGAUUACUAUAUAAUAUCUGAGCCAAAUGAAAAUAGUUAACUACAAGUAAACUUGGAUAAGUGAAAUUUGAUAAGGCUAUUAUACCUACAGAUAUAAUACUUAUAAAAAAAAGAAAUUUAAUUAAUAAUGUAAAUGAAUACUUUUGUUGAGAGGAAUAUUUGGCAGUGAUAAAAUAAUUUAAUAUAAUGCUAUUGAAUAUUUCAUAAAUUAAAUUAAUUAUUAUUGUUGAAUCUUAAACGUUUCUAUUAGGGAUUUCAACUUUUGUGAUAGUUUAUUGGGAUGCAGUUUAGGAAAUUUUGUGAAAGACAUCUAAUUUGAGGCUUUCUGGAAAUAUUCAACUAUAAAGGUAUAAAAAAAGUAGUUUCAUUACAGACAUAGAUUUUCCAUCUAUUCCUUAUAAAGAGCUAACAAAUAUUCAAGGAGAUUAGUUUCUUUAUAUUAUAAAAAUAACAAUUCAAUAAGAUGUUUUAAAGAACACUUAUAGCAGUAUUCCACAUAUUCAGGUUUAGUAAUUACUUAAUGAAUUUUUUGUCUAGGCCUAGAAAUUAUGUCUUUUAGCUGUUUCCUUGAUUCUUAUAUUUUUUGUAUAGCAUUGCAAUUGUAUAUUAUUAUUCGCUGAUUAUAUUAAUUUGCUCACAAUUAGUUAAAAAAAUAUUACCUUAAAAUACUCAUAAGCAUUUGUAUUAUAAUUUGUUUUUUAAAAAAUGUUCAUAUUUUUGAAAUUUUUGUUUUUUAUCUAUAUAGUUUCUAUAUUUCCUUAUUUAUAUUGUUUCAUAUUUUCUAUUUAAGACUUUGUGCAAUGAUUUAAAUUGCUGAGGCUUUCUAUAGCAGCAGUUCUCAAACUUUUUGUUGUGGCACCUUUUUGGCACUAAAAAUAAUUCGUGGCACAGUUAUGCUUAAAGUGUUAUAUAACAGAACCUUCAUCCAUUCAUAAAUUCAUCGUUGAUGCAAUUAUAUAAACCAAAUAAAAUUGUUGCCAAAUAUCUUAAAUUUGAUUGAUUUUAAUUUUGUUAUUUAUAAAUUUAAAAUUAUGAAUUUUUAGAAUGGUUAUUCACCAAAUAACAAUUUUGGCCUUAAAUGCUAAAUAUUGAGAUUAAAUAUCAUUGGUGCUGCACUCUUUGCAUAUCCUUGCAGCACCCUAGAAUGCCGCAUCACCCACUUCCAUAUUUUAAGAAACCAUACAUUUGGAACAUGCAUAAAUUUCUUUUAGAAUCCUUUUAUAUAUAUAUAUAUAUAUAUAUAUAUAUAUAUAUAUAUAUAUAUAUAUAUAUAUAUAUAUACUUACAUAUAAAUGUUAUAUUAUAAUUUUAAAAUUACAAUCUAAAAGAAAAAUAUAUUCUUUUUGUAAAUCUUAUUCAUGACUGACAUUGAAAAUAAUCAAUGUGAUUUAGUAUAGUUUUUAUGGCAAUAUAUUAUCUUAGUUAUAAAUAUGUUUAGUUUAGUUAUAUUCAUUUUGUAAAAAUAUUGAUAAUAUUGUUUUAUUUUGCCAUUUAUUUUUACAUGGAAAGCAAUAUUGUUCCUAAUAAAUUACAUUACCAUUAUAAAUAUUUAUAAGUUUUUGAGAUUAUAAAAGAUAUUUUAUUUGUGUCAAUGCAGAAGUAAUAUUGAAUUCUGGUGAUGAACUAAUUGUAAUUGUUAAAUUUUCUAACCUGAAUUGUUUUAGAUUGAAAAUAAUUAAUUAUAAGUUAAUGAUUGUUAUGAACAAGAGUUGAAAUCAGUAUUAUUAUGAUUAUGUAAUAAGAAUUAUACAAUUGUUAAUGAUCAUAAUUUGGUUUUGUGCUAUUCAUUCUUCUGAAAAUUGCAAAACAUUUUUCUAAGUUAUUUUUUCUCUAUAUGUGUAUGGAGUCAAUUAGAAAGUAUAUUUCUGCAAGACAUAGCAUAUGCUGCUCAGUUUUAAACUUUCAGAUCUUUAGAAAAUCAUCCAAAGUUUUGAAAAGGUAAUCUGUCUCUGGUUAGUUGUUGAACAGAAUAUUUAAGCCUAAAUUUCAAAAGCUAAAUGUUUUAACUGUGGUACUUGCAAUGGAGAAUUACAUAAUUCACUAGCAUAGUUUGACAUGGUUGUUACUGGUCUAACCUUAACAAGUUAACGAAAACCAAAUUUUAAAAUUUCAGGUGCCAACACUUUAUCUUUAUUAAUAAAAAUGUAUUGAUUAUGUCCUCUGUUUUAUAGAUGGCAAUAAUUCAACUGUUGAAGAUGGUUUGUAACAAAUAAUAUUCACUUAUGAUUUUAUUUAAAAUGUGUCAAAUUGAUGUUACAACAAUGCCUUAGACAGUGAAUAAAAAUAGAACUGACAAAGGUAUAAGUGAAGUAACAAUUUUUUUAAACUCACCAUUUCGUACCAAUAGUCUCAGUUUAGCCAAAAAUAUUCGUUAAAAUCUUGUCAAACCAAGCUGGUGAAUUUCAGAUGAAUACUGGUUCGUGCUUAAACUUCUAAAUUAAACGUGCUUAAACAAUAUUUAACUACUAGUGAAUAAGUUGAUAUUAUACAUUUCAUAUUUUACUAACUCAAUUCCCUAAACUGACAGAAAUAUGACCAUAUAUCACUUGAAACAUUUUUUUUUCUUUUUCAUGAAAAACAAAAGAAACGAAGUUUGGCCUAUAUUGUUAAAAAUAUUUUUUCGUUUUCAGAAAUAUAAAAAUUUUAAAAAUCAACUCCUGUUCAAAACAAAUAUAUAUAUAAAUGUGUGUAUAAACAAAAAUAUUGAAAUGUGCCAAAUGUAUUUUCAUUGAAACAAUUAUUGUUAUAAAUACUUCUAUUAAAAAAAGUAUUGAUAAUUUAUUUUAUCAAUGUUAAGAGUAUUUAAAAAUGAGCAGUUGCCAAUUGUAUAAAACAAGUGCUAUUAACCAGAAUGGAACAUUAAAUGUGCCAAACUACAUAUAUCUCAUUAAUGGAUUGUAAAUAAUUCUGUAUCAUUACUUGCCAGUUAAUGUUAAUGUGUAUAUCUAUACUAUAGUGUUCUGUGUAUAUACAGUUAUUUGGUAUAUUGGGAAUAAAUUUAGUGCUGAAUUGUAAAUUCUUCACAAAGUAACCAGAGGUACAUUCCAUUUAUUUAACAAGUAUACUUUGUGCCAAGUUGUACUUCAUUUUAUAAAAUGUGAAAAAAAGUAUAUAUAAAAAAUGUGCCAAUCAGUUAAGUUGGUUGAAUACAAUUGUAAAGAAGCACUGGUACCCAAAUUUAUUUAUUUAAAAAUUUUAUUUAUUGUUCAAAAUAGAAUGUAUAUUUUAUUACUUAAAAUAAGACUUUUGUACUUUUUUAAUUGUUAAAGAAAAAAUAAAUAUAUCAUCUUGAAAUUUACUCCUCAAUUUUUAUGUGUUAAAUAUUCGAGUAAAUAUGUUUGCAUACCUUGUAAUACC